CCUGUGGUUUUAUUGCAUUCUGGGUAGAGAUUCAUAGUUGUCGCCAUAUUUAUCAAAAAGGGCACAAAAACAAUGUCUGCAGGAGAAAAAAGACGGGUUGUUAUUCCAGUAGAUGGGAGCCAACAUAGCGAGAGAGCCUUUAACUGGUAUCGUCAGCAUGUGCAUGAACCAGGGGAUGAAGUAUUGAUCAUACAUACUCAGGAGCAGCCUACCAUACCAUCCUCUCCUUAUGCGUAUGGAGGAACAGUUUUACCAGACGAGUGGAAUAAAGCUGUGGAUGAAUGCAUUGUGAAUGCCAAGAAGCUUAUUGAGGAGUACAACAAAAAAUGCAAAGAACAAGGGAUGACCUGCCGGCUUUUCAAAGGUAGUGGUCAACCAGGCGAGACUAUCUGCCAACUGGCCAAAGACCUCAGUGCCAAGCAUGUAGUGAUGGGAUCAAGAGGGUGUGGUACCAUCCGCCGCACCCUACUAGGUAGUGUUAGUGACUACUGUGUGCACCAUAGUUCUGUACCAGUUACAGUGAUACCACCUACCAAAAAACGGCAAGAAAAGUGAUGUAAUCUAGGUACAAUUAAUACUAGUCAUUAGGAGGGAAAGGGAGGACUUGGUAAUGCACUGUAAGAGCUUAAUUUUAUAAAUCUAAAAUUUCUAGUGGCAUCCACACUCGUUGGAAAGAGAAGCCUGACCAAGGUAUGGCAUGAUAGUGGAUUAUAAGGAAUGACAUGUUAGUGGAUUAUAAGGAAUAGUGUUCGGAGUUUCCGAAGCACGCUUGUGUUGUUUAAAAUGUUGCUCUCUAAUAAAGUGGACAGGUUAUUUGC